AUGGACUCGGGUCCAGAUCCCUCGGAGCAGGAGCUCCUAUCGAAGUUGCACGAGUCCAUACGGCAGUAUCGCCGCUUACUGUUCCUGCAGUUGGAACUUUCCCGCAAUGGAACCGUACCCGGCCCUAAACAUCCGUUCCACAAGUCCGAAGAACCUCUCAAGGAUGCCAAUCGUGAAGUCGAAGGAUGUUUCAACCUCUACGCCCAGGCCUCAUGCAAACGGCUAUGCAACAUGCUCCAGAAGCGGCUGCCCCGUGAGCUGCGUGAUAUGAUCUACCGUCAUAUCUCGACACGAGACAACAUUGUCAUUCGCAAUGGAAAGCCGCCUCAGGAACGAGCCCACUACUGGGAUGCUAGCUUUGUUGGAGUCGCAACACAGAGGGAACUCGUCGCCAACUACUACAGUACCUCUCCGGUCACAAUCCUGCCCCUGCUUCCUGGUUCAGCUCCACGCUACGAUGGAAUCCAUGAGCCGCUUGCCAACGAUCCCAGGGUUCCGGGCCUGCAACCGUUAACCUUUAUCUCCGAGGUGACUUAUGUUUUCACUCCAGGUACUCUCCAACGGGCGUCCAAGGUCAACACGGCGCCGCUCAAAAGCUUGCUGUCGCUCAAAACCGGAGCCAAGAUAACUUUGGUUCUUACGGCUUGGGUGCCUACUCCUCACAGCUGGCUCCUCCAUGGUGGAAUGGAUACCUUCAGAGACAUCGUCCUUAGCUACCACGCGCUUGCUGCGAAGUUCAAGAAGUCCGGUUACAAGGUCACUGUCUCACUUGCAAAGUGGCCUCUCAACGGAACGCAGGCGACCGUGCUGUUCCAACCUGAUGAGGACUUCUCUUGGGAGAGCUGGAAGCAGAAGGCUGAGAUGGUGACUCUUGAUCAUCUUCAAGGCCGUUAG